AUGGAAAGCGAUUUCUUUCCUCCUUUCUCACGUAACGAAACCUUUCCACAGCUAUGCGAUGGUGUUAACGUUGGUUAUGAACCUAGGCGGGGGAAAUAUGUUCGUGCUACUCGAGACAUACCGUGUGGAGAAGUUGUGUGUUUAGAUGUUGGGAAAGUAAUAAGCCUUGACCCAGGCUUAUGUUCUUAUUGCCUUAGUAAGCUUCCACCUAAUCGUAUUCGUCCAGCGUUUGUUUCUUUCAAAGCACUUACGAUAUUCUCCAUUGCUACUUUAUCUAAUCGUGUCGGUCUUUUCCCAACAGCCAGUUGGUUCAACCAUUCUUGUCGUGCAAAUGUAAAGAGUUUCUUUCAUGGUAACAAAUUGAUCUUCAUUAGUAUGGGUAUUCGGAAAGGAGAGGAAGUUUGCGACAACUAUGGUGUUUCUUUUUUUAAACAUACGAAGAAGGAACGGAAGGAUUUUUUGGCUGGCCGUGGGUUCACUUGUGCCUGUUCAGUAUGCGUCGCAAAUGAUUCUAUUGAUGAUAUGCUAGAACCAAUCAUGGAGCGUCCGGACGUAUGUGUGCUCAAUUUGAAGUUGUUUUAA